AUGGGACUCGCCAGCAGCUUCAUCCACCAGGAAGAAAUUCGCAAAGUGGCCGCCAUCUUCCACGAACUCAAAGACUCACCGGUAGAUCCCAACGACAAAGAUGCACGUUACUAUGGAUUUCCAUACUUCCUGAAAGUAACUCUCUUUUGCAUCUAUCGGACCCAACAGGUGGCCAUCCGGGUGGGCCACUACAGCGGACUGAGACCCAUCGUGAGGGUCUCCUUUGAAGAACCCGUCAACCCCGUGCGCCAGAAACAGGAACGUUUACGGAUCGAAAUGAUGACCGCCCCACACCGGAUGAACGAAUAUUGUGAUAGUGAGGAAGUUUGCGAAAUGUUUUGGUUCGCUCCGAUGCCCUUCCUGAACGGCAGUGUUGUGACCCGUGUUCUGGUGAGGACUAACGGCUUUGGCCUCCCUAUACUCAACAGGAGGUUCUACAUUAACAUAAAUGGAUACAUGGAACCUUCCGAGAGAUCGGAAAGAUUCAGGAUUGGAAAAAAGUUGUACGGCUUGAGGAGCAUCUUUGGGUUGAGGGACCCGUCGCGCCCUUUGUGGGCCACCUACCAGCAAGCCCCCGUGCUGAUCCUGGGAGGGAUCCCGGAGAAGAAAGUCGUCAUCAUUUCAGAUACCAGCUUUGAUACAUUUCACAUAAUAGAGGUGGGCAUCGACAGCUGCUGGAUCGGCUCCCUCUUAUGCCCUCAGGGAAUAUUCUCCUCUUCCAUUGUCGAUACCAUCGCUACCGAAAGCACCCUUUUCAUCCGACAAAAUCAACUGGUCUAUUACUUUACAGGGCAUUAUCCGAUUUUACACCUAGAAACCAAAGGAUCCGAACUGUGGACGCGGAUCUUGAACAACGUCUGCGUGAAGAAGCUCGUUCCCGUCUUUUUCCCUUACAAUAACAGCGAAUACGUGAUCGCCCUGGGUGGCGGCUCUCAGGAUGGGGAAUUCUUCCUUAUCACGUGCAAAGAUGGAGUUGUGAAGGCAAGUGCCUCUCUCAGACAUCAUAGGAGGACCAUCUGCUAUUUAAUGUUCAGGGCUGCCUGCUCCAUCGUAUGGGCCUCUCUGACACAUGAGAACAAGUUCCAUUUGCUGGUGAUGCGGAAGUCAACCAAUGCAUCCUUCAUCGUUUCAUACGACAGAGAGUACAAACAAUUUCAAGCACUGUAUCACCUCCCUGCCCGUGUACCUAGGGUUUCCAGCCAAGAUAUGACGAAUUACAUCUACCUUUCCAAUUUCCCAAGUGACUCUCCCAUCAAGGAUUUUGUUCUGUCUUUUAAAGGGCCUUUUGCUGUUGUGACAGACCGGGAGGAGCUCUGGGUGUCGAAUGAAAACGGCAUAGCAUUUAGAAAGGUUUAUCCCUCGGAUGCCUGGAAUAAGUUUGUUACUCUCCAAACGAUGAGAGGGUCUACGAGAUACCUCCAGUCAGCCAAACAAGCCAUCGUCAGCAUAUUCUACAACAAGGAAGGCUUGCACGAGCUGGUUUACGUGUCAGCUGGUCGUGGCAGAGAAAGGUUCCUGAAGAGGGAUUUCCCUCAAGAUACCAUCCUGACCUACGAUCUGUUGAUCAGCACACCUCACAAAAAGAUGACGUUCAACGGGAAAGACUACAUCCGGUUCACCCACCGUUGCCCCUUCGCCGCCUUGCGCGUGCUGGAUCUGCCGCACCCACAGCGCUUUACUCGAGUGGAGCAUUACUGGGCCACGCCGCCAGACGUCAUGGAGAAAUCCGGAUUCCACGAUGAGAGGUCGCUCACCGUUUACCAGGGCCUGGUCUACCAGUUGCUUCAGCUGCACUCCUCCUAUCACAGAUCUUAUGCAGACCCCGUCCACGACCCCACCUGGCGCUGGUGGAAGAACCAGAAAGAAGAGGCCGAAUAUUUUAACUAUAAGGCAAGCAACUGGAAAUCAUUGGGGGGCGUCUAUGUUGACAUGGCCAACUAUGCCAAAAUUUACAACUUGAUGCCGGAUAAUGAUCUACCGGAUACAAUCUAUCUGGACAAGAAUACAGCCUACUCUUUUAACGUGUUCCUGACCAUCAGGACAGCCAGAGAGAGCCUGGGAGAGACGUCCGAAGAAAAUUCCCUCCACUACAUUUGGCUGGCUAUCAUUUUGGCCCAUCCCGAGUACGUCCAGACAGAACUGCAGAGGCAGGAGCUCAUCAGCAGAGGAUCGGUGUUAUAUCGC